UAAACAUUUUGUCCUUCAGGUAGCUAGGAACGCAUUCCAGUUCUGAAGCUUAAUUUUAAGGUUUAAGCUUUCUUCCCCCACAAUCACUGAAAUCUCUGAUCAAAAAAAAUUCAAAAUGAAGGGGCUUGUCUGUAUUGGACUGUUCAUACUUCUCACUUUGAGCAUACUAACUGAUGCCAAUGUGAUCCGACAGUCAGACAGCCACCAUGUGGAAAAACGAAGCCCCCCAUAUUGGCCUUACUCCACCAGUGAUUUCUGGAGAUACGUCGAGUAUUUCCGAAGCAUUGGAGAUUAUGACAGAAUCCAGCAGCUGGCCCACACUUUUUUUGCUCACUUCCCUAUAGGGAAUUACAUGGGCUAUGACACCCCAGAACAACAGGAAAUACAAGCUGAGAUUGCAAAGGAGGCACACGCGUAGAGUGAAAAUGCAAGGAAACAGAGUUGGUCUGAAACAAAAGUAAACAGUGGUUAACUUCAUCAGCAUAUAAUUAAUUAACAUAAUAAUCUGCCUUAUCUAUGUGUUGCCUUUAUGUAGUGUCAUAAUUGUAUGAUUCUUUAUAUAUAAUCAUCCUAUGGAAUUCACCUGUAUUAUAUAAAGAGUUUCCUUAAAUAAUCUUUAUUUUAGCAAGAGCAAGACCCGUGGAGGAUCAGACACCGUGAGCAAAUCGACUGGUCCUGGACUUAUUUUCCAUCUGGCAUAGUUUGCAUUUUGUUGUUUGAUUGUUGGGGGUUCUUGUAUUGCUAUACUUACGCUCUAUUCUUGGUUGGUGCGGCUGUAACGAAAUCAAAUUUCCCUCGGGAUUAAUAAAGUA